GGAGGGAGUAAUUAGUUUGGGCCUCCUUGAUAUUGGAUCGGCCGCAUGGGCUAAUCCUACUCUGAGAUCAUCUCUCUCGUUUGAAAACCACGGUACUCUGAGACGCAGAGACGGGGAGGCUGUUAUAAUGGAGGAAGGGGAAGAAAGUGGUAGCAAAAAGGAAGGAGGGGGUGAGCUGCUCUUGGGUUGGCCCACUUUCGUGGAGCUUCAAAACGGGCGCUUCAAAUGCUUGGAAACGGGUCACGAAUUAGUCGGGUCUUGCAGAGAAUCAUACAGCCGGAGCAAACAUUGCCGUUUGGGUCUAAUCGACUCCGCCUUGUCACUCAAUAAACCCCCUCUCAAUGUCUUUCGCCAGGACCCUCUGUCUCGCAAGAAGUUGAUAUGUAAGCUGACAGGACUAACAGUCAAUAAAACCGAGGAGCAUAUAUGGAAGCAUAUCACAGGGAAACGUUUUCUGAAUACGUUAGAGAAAGAAGAGGCCAUAAAGCGAACACUGAAGGGAAGAACCCAAGACCAGACUCAGAAGAAUCCAGAUAAAGAUGCAAAGAAAAAUCAGAAAAGCUUGAAAGACGUGAAAAAGAAAAACCAACUAAAUGAAGAACAAAUAAAGGAAAUUAUCUCUAAGGCGAGAAAUAUGUCUGAUAAAGACAGUGAUACUGAAGAUGACUUCUGGAUGCCUUCACGUGAAUGUCAGGAAAUUCACAGAGUUGAUCGACGAGGUUCUGAUUUGCAUGUAAUAACAAAAGCAGAUGGUCUUAGGAGAGCAGGACGUGCAGAAGCAGAAAAUGAAGAUUUGAAAGAGCUGCCCGACAAGAUGAAAAGAUUGUCCAUAGAAAUCGGUCCCAGUGCCUUCGCGUCUAGGAAAAAGAAGAAGAAAAUCAGCACAUUGGAUUAAAUGGAACAUGGCGCUAGUACUCGACUGCAAAUCCUCUUGGUGGCUGUAUGUAUGUCUUAAAAAUCUGCAUGUCACACAAAUUGACCACUGUAAAUAUCAUCUUAUUUUUUAUUUGAAAUGUUUUGUAUUGAAAUCUGUGUGCUUGUUAUGGCCUCCGCUGAGGCUCUAGUAGGAACAACUGGGCUCGGUAGUAGCUUUCAGUCUUUAUACUAAAUCCAUGUUAAAUUUUAGUGUUUUUUUAUCCAUUUACUUGACAAAUUUUGCUGCUACAAGCCUCUUAUUUGGCCAUUCUUCAUUUCUUUGUAAGGUCUGGAUAUUUUAUUUUUAUGUC